AUGCUUUUAUCCUCUCUGAUAUUUGCUGCUCUUGGAGGCACCACGGCCGUGGUAGCCGAACAAAACUACUAUCAACCGACCUCGAAAGGCUUUCGAAUGCAGCAUGGAUUUGAAACAGUCCUUGUUCAACCGUUCGGGUACGAUGGCUUCCGGGUACGAGCAUGGCCAUUUCGGCCCCCGACCGGUCAGGAAAUAGGAUUUGUUUAUGAUCCUCCCCUUGAGGGACCUGAAGGUGAAGCACAUGGACUGAGUUUCGAUACUACUUUUCUUGGCAACCGGAGCGAGGAGCUACGAAAUGGAAACACGAUUGUACGCACUUCUGGAUGGGGAGGUAAUCCAGGUGGAUAUCGCUUAGCCUUCUACCGUGUCGAGACCAAUGGGUCUGAAACACUACUCACGAACGAAUAUGCGCCGCUCAAAUCAAUCAACCCGCGCUAUUACUCCUGGAACGGACCAGGAAGCGAAUUUUCGGCUGAGUUCUCUUUCAGCGCGACUCCGGAUGAGCAAAUUUACGGAACAGGCACACAGCAGGAUCAUAUUGUCAAUAAAAAGGGCAUGGUAAUCGACCUAGUCAACUUCAACACUCACAUUCCCACUCCGAUAUUCAUGAGCAACAAGGGCUACGGCUUUGUGUGGAACAUGGCCUCGACAGGUCGUAUGGAGUUUGGACAGCUACGCAAUAAAUUCACCACCGAUGCAGCUACUGUAGUAGACUAUUUUAUCGUCGCCUCAGCACCAGGUGACUACGAUACACUCCAACAACGCCUGUCGGCACUCACUGGCCGUGCCCCCAAACCACCAAGCUGGUCACUUGGCUAUAUACAAUCCAAAUUGCGUCUUGGGCUCACCAGGGGGGACUGGGGUCUUGACCCCAGGCUGUGGCCGCGUGUUGCUGAAAUGGCCCGGAGAGUGAAGGAACUGACCAAUGCGGAAAUGAUGGCAUCCCUUUGGCCGAGUGUGGCAGAUGACAGUCUCAAUUAUUUGGAAAUGAUGGCUCAGGGGUUCCUCUCUGCCACUCGAUCGGGUCCAGGGACAACCGAUUCGUGGAACGGAUCAUAUAUUCGCAAUUACGACUCUACAAAUCCAGGCGCUCGCCACUUUUUAUGGAAAACUUUGAAGCGGAACUACUUUGACAAAGGGAUCAAGAAUUUUUGGAUUGAUCAAGCGGAUGGAGGGGCGCUUGGUGAGGCAUACCAAAAUAACGGUCAGAGCGAUUAUAUUGAAUCGAUUCCUUUUCCGAUGCCAAAUGCCCUGUAUGCUGCAGGAUCCCAAAGCAGUAUUGGGAAACUCUACCCUUGGGCCCAUCAACAGGCUAUCGAAGAAGGAUUCCGUAACGAAACCUCAACGGAGUUAGGAAGCCCUUGUGACUAUUUGUCUCUCAGUCGCUCUGGUUAUAUUGGAUCCCAGAGAUUUUGCAGUAUGAUUUGGUCUGGUGAUACAACAGCAGUCUGGGAAACUCUCGGUGCACAGAUUGCCAGUGGUCUCUCUGCCGCUGCCACUGGCUGGGGCUGGUGGACUCUCGAUGCCGGUGGUUUCCAAGCCGAUCCCACCGUCCCAUGGAGUGCCAAUAUUGACCGUCCUGAGUAUCGUGAGCUUUAUGUUCGAUGGCUUCAAUGGACUACAUUCCUGCCUUUCAUGCGCACCCACGGAUCCCGCGCUUGUGAUGCACAAAGUGGCUAUACGUGCGACAAUGAGCCAUGGUCCUACGGAGAGACAAACACGCCUGUCAUUGUGUCAUACAUUCAUCUCCGCUACCAGCUAGGUGAAUAUAUUGAGGCACUCUUUUCUAGGCUCCAUAGUACCGGUCGUAUGAUUCUUCGGCCACUUUACAUGGACUUUGAGACUUCAGAUGCCCGAGUGGCCGAAUGGACCCAGCAGAACCACAAUGUGACCACGCAGCAAUACAUGUUUGGACCGCGACUCCUUGUCACACCUAUCACGCUCCCCAAUAUUACUGAAUGGUCUGUGUAUCUGCCUCGGACUGUUGGGAAUGAUACAAAACCCUGGACUUAUUGGUGGACGAAUCAGACCUAUGCCGGUGGUCAGAUGGUGACGAUCCCUGCUCCAGUCGAGCAUAUUCCACUGUUCCACCUGGGAUCCCGUGCAGAUAUUUUGAGUGGAAAUGUCUUUGAAUAA